UCUGUGGCUGAGUCCACACAGUCAAAGGCCUGUGAGAAUCUGGUGGCUGCUGGCUGCGGCCACCGCCCGUUGCUGCUGCUCGUAGCGCCGCCGGCUGCUUCCCAGUGGCAGAGCAUGGACUGUUAAAUCUUGCACUUCUUCUGUGUGAGCUAAACCCUUGCUGCCAGGAUGGGGAAACAGAACAGCAAGCUGCGCCCCGAGGUCAUGCAGGACCUGCUGGAGAGCACAGACUUUACAGAGCACGAGAUCCAGGAAUGGUAUAAAGGCUUCUUGAGAGACUGUCCCAGUGGACAUUUGUCAAUGGAAGAAUUUAAGAAAAUAUACGGGAACUUUUUCCCUUAUGGGGAUGCUUCCAAAUUUGCAGAACAUGUCUUCCGCACCUUCGACGCCAAUGGAGAUGGGACAAUAGACUUUAGAGAAUUCAUCAUAGCCCUGAGUGUAACAUCGAGGGGGAAGCUGGAGCAAAAGCUGAAAUGGGCCUUCAGCAUGUAUGACCUGGAUGGAAAUGGCUACAUCAGCAAGGCCGAAAUGCUAGAGAUUGUGCAGGCAAUCUAUAAGAUGGUUUCCUCUGUAAUGAAAAUGCCUGAAGAUGAGUCCACCCCAGAAAAAAGGACAGAAAAGAUCUUCCGCCAGAUGGACACCAACAGAGACGGAAAGCUCUCCCUGGAGGAGUUCAUCCGAGGGGCCAAGAGCGACCCGUCCAUAGUGCGCCUCCUGCAGUGCGACCCCAGCAGCGCUGGCCAGUUCUGAGCCCUGCACCCCACGCUGAGCUUCUCGUGUUCCCUUUGAUUUUUCUUUUUAACGAUGUGUUUUGCCAAACAAUAUUGAUGGUGACGCUGCCCCAGGGCAGUCAGCUGCACCUUCCCCCGUGUCGCCUUCAGCUUCUUUUGUGGUGGACGCUUCAUGGGAAUGCCCGGAGCCCCAGCGCUGGGGAGAGCAUGGACUGUGCUGUUGUGCGCAGACUUUGUGGUGUUCAUUGUUCUGACAAUGUUUCGUCAUCAUGAUUAUUGUUCUUUUGAUUCAGAUGUCUCUAUUCUAAAACCGAAGACUCGGGGAGUCAACAGAAGGAAAAACAACCCAGUCCAGUGAUUCUAUUGCAACCUUCGAGGGGCUUGUUUGAAAAACAGAGCUCCCCACCUGGUCUGGGGUCACACAUGGCCUAGGGGUGAUGGCACCAGAUACUGGAUUCCCCGAGCAUCAGGAGCCCUCUGGGGCCAGCUGUUAAAGGGGCUGGGGGGCCCCGUGGAGGCCCUCUUCCCCCUCUUCCCCAGCAGGCUGUAGUUUCUAAGCUGUGAACAUUUCAAGGUAAAUUGAUAGAGAAAAGGAAAAAGAUGGCUCAGCUAUUUUUCACAGGUUUACACUAGUUGAGCUAAUUUGAGUUUCUUUCAAAAUAAAACACAAAUGGUAACUUGUAUUCCAAAACCAGACCCAUCCUGUUGCCUAUUGUGAUUAAAAAAAUAAAAAAAGACUUGUAUAUAAAAUACUGGGUGUUGCAGACCAAAUCAAGUGUUUUGCCUUGUUUAAAAGAGAUGCAUGUCUAGUGAGCAGAGAUACAAUCUCACUACAGAAGACUGUUUUUAGUAGCUUAUUGUGAAGUAAGCCAACCAUAAUGAAUGCCUAUGUCUUGUCUUAAAAUCGUAUGUCUUUGCACAAAUGCACCAUCAACAGGUAUAUUUUAUAUAUUCCAGAAAAGUACAAAGUAACCAUGACUAGAGCCCAACCUAGAUUUUGAAUGCUUUUCCGGAGUGACGGUGCCUGGAGAAGAGAAGCAGGCCAGUCUAGGUGGGACAUAUCAACUGGAGCACCAGAAGGCUAAUACUCAGGAGGGAUGUGAGGCGAUGGUCUGCCCACCAGCCCAGCAGCUCAUCGGUAGUAUUAGAAAUGUGGUGCUUCUCUGAGCAUAUCAGUAUUCUGUAGCCCAGAAAAAAAAAAGACAGCAUAAAUUCUCAUGGUUUGAUCCCAAUGGUUUGAUCCACGUGUGGUUAGGGAGGCAUAUCUGGAAUACUAACUCUGCCAUACCCGAAGGGGCCCAUCACCAGCUCAGAGACUGGGUAGUCAUCUGAUGACUGGUCAGGAAGGCGGAGGCAAGUUCAUCUGUGAUUUCCAAGACCCAUUAUGGGGAAUCCAGAAAUGUUUUCCAGCACUGUGUUCUCUGAAUGCAGUUCUAUUUCCAGAAAUGAUGGCACAAAUUUGAACAGCUGUUUGGUCUGGUGACUUCAUAUGCACUAAUUUGAAUUGAAAGUUAAGAGUAAAAAUUGCUGGUCACAGGGGAGUCGUAUUUUCACAAUCAGUAGGCAUGGGGAAGCUGAAAUACUCAAGCAUGUAGGUUGACGGGGAGAGGCUACCCCUGAGAGAAGGCAGAGAGGUCCCUAGUGGUCUGUCACAGGUCACUUCCUGCUGCCCAUGAACCACAGCAAGAUACCCAUCGUAACCACGAAGAAAGUGAUGCUGACUUCACUCUAACCUCCAGAUCCCUGUGUAUUACUUGAGUUCAUUUUAACUUAUAGCAAAAUUCCAAAUUUGUAUUGUCGACCAAAAUGACCAAUUUUGCAGGGUGUGAUUUUGAAACCUGGACUUAGUCAAAUAAUCUCAAUCUUCCUCUGAGUCAUUUUCUCAUAGUGGUUCUAUACUGAGACUUUUCAAAUUCUUCCAUGGGCUGAGUGGUAAAAUCUGACUUUGAAAAAUAAGGAAUUUACCUAAGAAGUGGAGUGCAGAGUGGGCGAGGGGACCAGCACCUCUGUGGGCAGUGUGCAGGAGGUGCAUCUCACUUUCCGCCACUCUUGAUUAAAGACCUAAUUCCUCUUUCCAGUUCUCCUCAGAUGUUGGAGCCAGGUAAUGUUUGGGAAAGCCUGCCUGGGCUCUGCCUUCGGUCAUGACAUCCUGUUCAGACGCACUCAAUCCAGUUCCUGGAACCUGGAGCUGGAGUGAGGAGUAGGGCAGAGGGUCUCCAGCUGUUUAGGAAAGAAAACAGCCAGAUGAAUGGCUAAUGAAUGCCAACAUGCCUGGGAUGUACGACACGCCUGGCCUGCCAUUGACCCUGUCUGUAUUUUCUUGAGGGUUGUUUUGCUCCUUCUCUUCCUUCCCAGGAAGGCCUUUGUAUGUCUAAAUGCACUGAAGUUUGGCCAAGGGACUCUGGGGCACCCAGAAGGCUGAUGCCUAAAGGUUUAUGUCACCCCUGCACUGGGCUGUUCAUUGUCAUUGCUGUGUUGAGGGACCUCUGGAAAUGGAGCCUGUUCUGUCUGAAAUCAAGCCAGUCUGUGAUGUUCAAGGGACUGGAAUAAAGUGGCUUAAGACUUGAA